AUGGCUUCGAAUUAUGUAGUGAAGUGUCCGGCGGGCGAAUACUCUCCUAACUUGGAGGAGUGUUGUGAGCAAUACCUCACGAGACGAUGGCCCGACUGGAAGACAAAUGAUCGAACGUACAUGAUUCCUCCAUGUUUUAAACGCAAUUACAUUUCUCCAACCGGUGAUGCAUCCGGUGCUGUGGAACUCACUGAGACUUUGAAAGGCUACAUAAAAGGAGACUCUGCUGAGUUGCAAAUAUUUCAGUGUCUCGAGAGAUUUGGGCGAGAAACAAAUCAACCAAUGUUUGUGUUAUCGAAGUUCAGUUAUAGGAAGUUUAUUAAGGAAUUCUUCCCGAAGGAUUGCCCUUUGGUUACUUCUCUUAAAAACCUCCUGGAGACGUCUAAGGAAGAUGAAAUUGACUUUGUCGUCUUGCACCGACGUAUUGGUGUGAUCCUCAUCGAAGCAAAAGGCAAAACAGAAUUUAACAGUGAUCGAUAUGAAAAAGCGAAGAAGCAACUUGAAUUUGCAGAAAAAUUCGUGAGAAUAUUUCUAGAAGCGAAGGGCAUGAACGAAGUCGACUUUGUUCACAAAGUCGUUGCAGUGCCAAACUUAUCCGACGUGAGCGAAAGUUCUGGGGGUUUCAUUCAUCUUAGGAAGAUUAAUCUAGAAAUGGAUGGUGAAGGUAAUGAUAGAAAUUUGCUACCUUUCGCGCGAUGGUGGAAAGGAAAGUUUACCGAGCGAUCUCUUGGAGAGCACGAGGAAAAGUUUUUGAGCGUGAUCUCUCUAUUUGUGGGUCAGAGAGCUACAGUAAAUGCCUCAGUUCGAAUACUCGGUGAAGUAUUCAAAACCAUUGAUAAGCAAAAGUUUCUCCAACAAAGCUACAAGAAGACUACAAACGAGAAGCCUGUGGUGGUGCGGCUUGAGAAAAAGUCAAUUCUGGCAAGGCAGUUCGUGUUCUUAAAUGAGGAACAACUAGCGAUAUGGAGAGGAGAGGAAAAGCAGCUGAUUCAUGGCGUCGCAGGGAGUGGAAAAACAAUUUUAAUCCAACACAAAGCACUGGAAUGUGUGAAGCGCAAUGAAAAGGUCGUGAUAUUUGUACCAACAAUCCUUGGUAAGCUCUACAAAGAAUUCUUCUCAAGUAACGGUAUUUUAUUUCUCCAUUUCAAUUUCAAACGGGACUCGCAGAAAUUAAAGCAGAAUUCAUUACCAGAUUGUUCUUCAGAGUUCUUCAAGAAAUUCCUUAGAAAAGGCAAACCUUGUGAUGAAAAGCUUUUGAUUGUAACGGUUCACCAGCAACCACUUUUUCUCUCCUCUGUGGACUCUGUGGUCAAGGAGGGGGAAAGAGUAGAUGACUUCCAUAUCUUUGUUGAUGAAUUUCAAAGUUUCCCAGAUGCAAGAUCUUUAGCGGAUUUCUUUAUUUGUCACCAAAGCCCUUCUUUCUAUCAGUGGAUUGCAUAUGAAGUCAGACAGCAGUUGAAGCAUGAGAAGUAUUUUACUGCAUGUGGAUUUGAUGGGGCAAUUUUCUACCUCUGUGAAACUAAAAAAUUUCUUCAUGCUCCAAGCCUUACGACAGUUAUGAGAUGCACAUCACAGAUAUUCAGCAAAUUGAAGUAUCACUGUAAGCCUUUAAUUCGCUCUUACAACCCAGAACAAAAGAAGUUUGCAGAGAAAUACUGGAACAAUGAGAUAAAACUUGGUCACCAUGUUGAUGGACCUGAAAUCCGCGAUAUUCCAUUUAGAACAUUUGUAUCGGAUGAAGAGCGCAGCAUCUUUUAUGUGAAGAUCAUCAAUGACGAGAUCAAUGCAUGGGCAAAGGUAGAUGAUGAUACAGUUUACUACAAUAGAGUUGCUAUCCUUGUCACUGAGCAAGUUUGGUACAGGCGACUCUCUUCCUAUUUGGAAAAGGAAGGAAUCAAACAUUGCCGCAUUGGAGAUUAUAAAGAUAAUAAAGAUGCAGUUGUUUUGGAUCUCGAACGUCAUGCUCAAUCCUACGAGUGGCUAGUUGUUAUUGUAUUUGUAGAUGAUCCACAAGGCAGUAACAACUAUGUUCCU